GUUUAUGUGCUUUUCAUGCAACAUGACUCUCCCUCAAGGUACAAAGUGACUGUGUGUGUUAUGGAUGAAAGUGGCCAUGGCUCUUUCACGCUUUGGGAUAGGGAAUGCUUGGACAUUAUUGGAAAAACAGCAGCAACCUUAAGAAAAGAAGUGGAGAAGAGAACUGGAGACCCUACUCAUUUUCUUGAAGACAUAGAAGCCGUAAUUGACAAACGAGGAUUGUUCAAAGUCCAGCUUAAGAAGAGGGAGGAGAGUUCUUCAUAUAGAGGACCGAUAUCCUAUGGAGUUAUUUCAAUGAUUAGGGAUGCUGAUAUUAUAAAAAUUUAUGAGGACCCGAAGCAGAAUGGAAAAGGGCUUGAUGACCUCUCUGAUACGAACAAGAUUGGAUCAACAGGAAACAACUUUGAGGGAAGUUCAGCGCGCACAAAAAAUGUUGAUGUUGUGGAUUUAGAUAAGGUUCCCGUAUGCUGCUACAAGUGAGUUUAGAUCAACUCAAGGGAGGCAUCUUUCUGACAAACUAAG